GUUUAUAUAAGUGAGGCGUAUGCACUCUUGCGUCAGCUCUCUCUCAUGUCAACAGCAGUGGAGAGCUCCGUGUUUACGGGCAGUGCGCCUUCUCUGCAGAGCCCUGCAGGCGCAGAUCUCAUUUGGAUCUAGGGUUUGCCAGGCUCUUGCAGAUGGAUCUACCAUCACACUGGGAGGAAACUCGAGCUUGGUCCUGGAUCCAGCACUGGAUGCUUCCAAGGGGUCUCUUUCCAGCCAUCUGAGAUCAUCAAUCCCCUAUUUCUUUUAACACCCACUUUCCACUUAUUGAACUCCUUGGGGUUGUGAAAGUUUCUGCUUGGUAUUAAGUUUGGAAGUUCUUUUGCAAAUAUGGUACAGAAAAAAAGUCCUGAAAUGAAGGGCUUUCACCGUUCUUUUAAGGGUCAGAACCCAUUUGAAGUGGAUUUUUUAGAGGAGCCCAGAAACAUGGAAUCUGUGUUCAACUUUGACUGCCCUUCUCGUCCUGACAUGCCUUCGAGUUCUCCUAUUGAUAUUCCUGAUGCCAAGAAAAGAACAAAGAAGAAAAAACGUUGCAGGGCAACAGACAGUUUCACUGGAAGGUUUGAAGACAUGUAUCAGCUUCAGGAUGAGGUGCUUGGUGAAGGAGCGUAUGCCAAAGUCCAAAGCUGCUUUAACUUAUUCAGCAAUAAGGAGUAUGCAGUUAAAAUUAUAGAGAAACGACCUGGUCACAGCAGAAGUAGAGUGUUCAGAGAAGUAGAAAUGUUAUAUCAAUGUCAGGGCCAUAGCAAUGUCCUGGAACUAAUUGAGUUUUUUGAAGAGGAUAAAUUUUACCUGGUAUUUGAGAAGAUGUGUGGUGGCUCAAUACUAAACCACAUUCAUCGGCGGAAACAUUUCAAUGAGCGCGAAGCUAGUUUUGUAGUAAGAGAUAUUGCUGGUGCUCUGAACUAUUUGCACAACAAAGGUAUAGCACAUCGUGAUUUGAAACCUGAAAACAUUCUAUGUGAAAGUCCACAUCAGGUAUCCCCAGUGAAGAUUUGUGACUUUGACCUUGGGAGUGGGAUCAAAUUGAAUAGUGAUUGUUCACCAAUAUCCACCCCUGAACUUUUAACUCCGUGCGGAUCUGCAGAAUAUAUGGCUCCGGAAGUGGUUGAGGCGUUUAAUGAGGAAGCAUCUAUAUAUGACAAGCGCUGUGAUUUGUGGAGCCUGGGAGUUAUCUUGUACAUCAUGCUGAGUGGCUAUCCACCAUUUGUUGGACACUGUGGAAGUGAUUGUGGCUGGGAUAGAGGAGAAGCUUGCCCUGCUUGUCAGAAUAUGCUAUUUGUGAGUAUUCAAGAAGGAAAAUAUGAGUUUCCAGAUAAAGACUGGGCUCAUAUCUCAUCUGGAGCCAAAGAUCUUAUCUCAAGGUUACUGCUGCGAGAUGCCAAAAAGAGAUUAAGUGCAGCACAGGUUUUACAGCAUCCAUGGGUGCAAGGGUGUGCACCAGAGAAUACACUCCCAACUCCUAUUAUUCUACAAAGGAACAGUAGUGCCAAAGAUCUUACAUCAUUUGCUGCUGAAGCUAUAGCAAUGAACCGCCAGCUGAUGGAGCGUGAAGAGGAAGAACAAGAAGCAGACUCUUCUUCAUGCCCUAUCAUGGUUAAAGCUACCUCUUGCUCCACUAAACUUUCUCCUCCUUCUGAAUCAAAGUUGGCGAUGAGGAGACAACAGGGAAGCAGAAGGGGUAUCUCUCCUCCUAACCUAGGCUCCCUUCUUAUUGUGAAUGACUGAGUUUACGUCUAAAAAAAAAAAGUGUAUGACUAAGCAAUGACAGAAUGAUUGUCUCCUUUUUUUUUUUUUUUUUUUUUCCUUUUCGACCUCUGGCUGUGCAGCAGUCUGAUAUUUGACUAUAAAACAGAAUAUGGUGAACUCUUGAGGUGCACUCUAAAAAAAGAUUUUAGGCACUAGAAAUUGCCUCCAAAUCAAAUAUCUGGCUGUUAAGUCUGCUUGUUUGAAAAUGCAAACUGACAGAUUUUUGGCAGAAGUCUCAUUUAAAGGAUUACUUUUUGUAUGUUUGAGGUUGGUCAAAACCUUUAAAAUGUUCACGCACUUAUUUUGUAUCAUGCUUAGAGCCAGUGUUGUUCAAAGCAACACUUACAACACGGGUAUAUCAUAGUUACAGGUAUAUGGGUGUACUAAAAUUUUGAAAUUGGCAAAACUAUGAAAGGGGGCAAUGACUGUAAAAUUGUGUUCAGUCUAGGGGAAUGUAUAUUCUGUGCAAAGCAUUUUUUAUAUCUUUGUAUAGGUUGUGGGGAAAUCUUAGGUUGUCAUUUGUUUUGUCUGCUCUGUUGAGACAGCCCUGUUGAGACAGCCCUGUAAAACUAGACACAGUCCAUAGACUAAAGUGGCAUUCUUUCUAGGCAAAGAUAAAUGGCACCCCAUUUCCUUUUUCUCCUCUGUACAAGGUAACAGAACUGCUCCCAUGUUCGUUUUUGUUUUCAAAUAGAUGUUCAGCCUUUUUAGAUGCUUAGUUUAUACAGAAAUGUACAUCUUUAUUCUCAGUGCAUCUUUAGUCUUGGGACUAACCAUUCUGUCCUUAUACUUGUGUACUAGUCAGGAAAGUUUCUGUCCUUCCUCUGUAGAUGGAAACUCCCUCAGCAACCCUUUAUUCCUCCCACUAGAUCCCCCACCUCCUCCAUAGGAGCAUAGAAUAUUAGACUCAUUAAGCUUAAAGUACUUUUUACAUCACUUGGUCACUUGAUUGUCAUAUGGGUUACACUUGGCAAAAAAAUUAAACUACUAGCAAAUGCAUAGAUCUGUUAGCUAUUCUUUAAGCCCUUUUAUAUUAGGAAAUGAAACCUAAUUAAUUUAAUCAAAUGUUUGAAAGUCUGAAAGCAGGAUGUGACAUCACAAGGUCCUGGGACUUGUAGGCAAGACUGCAGCAUUAUGCAAAAGUAUUUUGACGUAGCCGCCAUUUUUAAUGAAUACUAGCAGAAUGAGCAGACUUCGCACUGGUAUAUUUUCACCAUUUCAUUUAAUGUUUGUGUGGUUAAGAUAUCCAGUGUCCCCCCUUAUGAUCUCCCCAUUGACCCUGCAUAGCACCCUGCCACCUUAACAGUGACCCCCACAGUGCCCCAUCCCCUUAGUGACUGCCCUACCAUCCUUAAUAGUGACAUCCACAGCAGACUGCUUCCUUAACAGUGACACCUCCCCCCCCCCCCCCCUGCACAGUACCCUGUCCCCUUAAGUGACCCCUUAAUUGUGACCUUUUGUGAGAAGCUUCAGGCAGUGAAGAGACACAGGAUUCCCCCCCCCCCCCAUCCUGCAUACACAGAGCUGACAGACUGGAGGAGUUCUGCAUAGCAUUGCAUAAGAACAGGUAGGGAGAAGAUCCUGUGUAUUAGCAGUGUCAUUGUACAUCUGGAACUUGUAGUCUUACUCGUGCAACAUGCUGAGUAUACCAGCACUCAGGGUAGCACUUUUAUUCACUCCCUUUGCAGAGUGGGGGAGGGGCACAAAUAUUCAUGAGGAAAACCUCUAUUGCAGUUAAAUAAAAAGCCAGAAGAUGUGUGAAGCUGCAAGCUCCUAUUGGCUAUAACAUUUUUUGGGACUAUCUUAAGAAUUGUACGUCCUAGAUAGGUUUUAGACAGUCUCUACCUUCUAAGAACCUUUAAUUUGUACUGUAAAAAACAUUUCCUGAACCAGAGAUUAUGGAAUAGUUUUUUACAGUACAAAUUAAUUUGAUAUUACCUGAAGUCUUAAGACUGCGAAGCAAUAACUUGGGCUCAUCGGAGCUAAUACAUUCUAAUACUGUACAGAGCUCCUGCUCCGUACAGUAUUGGAACAAUGUUUUAUGCAAAUCCUUAGUCACAACAGCAAAACUGAAAUUUCAAACUGCUAAACUUUCCUGUGCCAUUCUAGUAUAUGAAUAUAGCAAGUUUCUCAGUUGUAUGAAAUCAUUUUUAUUUUCUACCAGGUUUUGCUAUUAUAGCUUUUUCUCCUCCCCCCUUUUUCUUAAAAGGUGCUGGUCCGUGAAUAUUACUUUUCUGUUGAAGUAAUUUUUAAUGGUUCUUGCCUAGAUAUUACUAGUAUAUUAUGUCCCCUGCUGUCAUAAUAGCGCUCCUAUGUAUUGCUGGUAGCCACACACUCAGAAGAUGUUCCAACUCACAGAUCGCGUACAUAGGCGGCAGUGAAUUGUUUCUACUAUUUGAGCAGGCCAGCCAAUAAAAAUGUUCUUUAGACUCUUCUGACCAACACCAGACAUGUAGAUGGAAGUUCUGAGAGGGAAUCUGAAGAGACCAUAAUAAAGUAUCUACAGUGACAUGCAAAAGUUAGGGCACCCCUGGUCAAAAUGACUGUUAUUGUGAACAGUUUGGUAAGUUAAAGAUUAAAUGAUCUCCAAAAGGCAUUAAGUUAAAAAUGACGCAUUUCCUUUAUAUUUUAAGCAAAAACUUUCUUAAAUCUUUAGCAUUUUCAAAAUAACAAAAAAGGAAAAGGCUGCAAAGCUAAAAUGUUGGCACUCUGCAUGGUUAGUACCAAUUAGCACCCCUUAAGAAUCAGUUUUUAAAAGCUUUUUGUAGCCGGUCAAGAGUAUUUCAGGUCUUGUUCAAGGGAUUUUCAUCCAUUCUUCCACGGCUGUGAGAUUCCUGGGCCGUCUUGUAUGCGCUGCUCUUUUGAGUCUAUCGAGAGUUUUUCAGUGAUCAAGGGACUGAGGACUAUGCUAAAGCCUUCAGCUUGCGCCUUUUGAUGUAGUCUGUUGUGGAUUUUGAGGCAUGUUUAGGAUCAUUGUCCAUUUGUUGAAGCCAUCCUCUAACUUUUUUUUUUUUUUUGUCUGCUUCCAGAAUUUGCUGGAAUUUCAUUGAAUCCAUUCUUCCCUCUACCAGUUAAUUGUUCUUUGUGCCAUUGGCUGCAACAAAAAGCACGAUUGCUGCACUCCCAUGCUUAAUGGUCGGAGAGGUGUUAUUUUCAUGAAAUUCGGUGCCCAUUUUUCUUAAAACAUACCUUUUUGCUCAUUGUUGCCAAAGAGUUCUAUUUUACCCUCACAUGACUUGUUUCCAAAAUCCCCUAUGCUUGUUCAGAUGUUUUGCAACUUCUGAUGCUGAAUUUUGUGGUGAGGAUGCAUGGGAGGUUUUCUUGUGAUACAACUUGUCUGUCAAGGCGAUAUUUGUGCUGGUGUUGAACAGUGUACCACAACUCCAGAGUCUGCCAAAUCUUCCUGAAGAUCUUUUGCAGUCAAGCUGGGGUUCUAAUUUGCCUUUCUAGCAAUCCCACAAGCAGCUUUGACUGAAAUUUUUCUUGGUCUUCCAGACCUUCUCAUGACCUCCACUGUUUACGUUAACUGCCAUUUCUUAAUUGCAUUUCAAACUGAGGAAGUGGCAACCUGAAAAUGCUUUGCUAUCUUAUAGCCUUCUCCUGCUGUGUGGGCCUCAAGGAUUUUUAUUUUGUUAUACAGCUGCUUAGCCAUGAAGAACCCCUGCAGUUUUUUAGGACAGUUAGGAGUCUGGGUAUUUAUAAAGCAUUGAAAUUUGCAUCACUUGGCCUUUCCAAACAAUGAUUUUGAAUAAGACUGAACCCUAGCAGGCUAUUUAAGAUCUCAGACCUCUGUCAGUUGAGUGUUCAAAUCUCCUUCGGUUUCUAUACUUGCAAGGUACUGUGUUUUGUUUUUCUUUUCCACUCUAAAAUUAGGGUUGGGUGGGGGUUGGAACAUGUAGAAACCCUAGAUGUGCCACUUAUGUUUUUGGCGGCAACACAUUAGUAAAACAUUAGCUAGAGCAUGCUACAUUUUUGAAAAGUCUGAAACACAAAUUCCACAUUGAACAUAAACGCGAGUAGAAAAAAAAAAGCUGGAUCUGGUGUUUUUAUAGCAAAGAUGGGAAAUAAGAAAAUGCCACUAAAAACUUGCAUAAAAGUGUUCUAAACAAAUAGAAUAUGGAUGGGAAUAACUGGGAGAUCACUUACUUUAAUUUUUUGGUAUUUUUUUUUAAGAAAGUUACCAUGGAGGCACAUUCUAAAGUGGUGUUUUUUUUUUUUUUUUUUUUUUAAGGGGGUUGUCCAGGAUUUUAAUAUGGACUGCUUACCUUUAGGAAAGGCCAUCAGUAUCAGAUCAGGUAGUCCAACACCCCUGCCUAUGAGCUGAUUUGUUGCAGGUCUGGAUCCUGUUGACAGGGAAUAACUUAAAGGGAACCUGUCGUCAACUUUAUACUGACCGUACUGAGGGCAGUAUAAAGUAGUGACAGAAAUGCUGAUUUCAGUGGUGUCGCACAUCAGCUAAAAGUGGUUGCAGCCCAGUCCUAAAGAGUCAAAUCUACCUGAGAAGAGUCAUGGUUAUUCAUAAUCUCCUGCUCGCACCGCUCAUUUGCUGAUUGGCAGUUCUCUCCUAGAGAAAGGGAGAAAACUAGGUAGAAGACUGUGAAUAACCAUGACUCUUCUCUGGUGGCCGUGACUCCUUUCCAGGCCCAGUCUGUAAUGUUUGAUUGCUGUCUCACACAGAACCAUGCAGAAGUAUAGGUGAGAAAUUCAUAGCAAUUCUGUGGUGUCGCAGUAUCCUCUGCUGCAUUGUUAACUAAAGGAUACAGUAUUUGCUAAAUGAUAUAAGUGCCUUAGUGCAAGUAAGAGGUUUGAACAGUCUCAUGUUAUUGCUGUGUUAGGGCAGAGGCUCUUCAUUUGAUUGAUUUACAUGUUGUGCUUUAUUAUGAAUCGCUAAAAUGGUCCACUUCAGAAAAUGAAAAUAAAUCAAAGCAUUUUUUGCCAGA